AUGCCGAAGCCUGCCCCAUCAAAACCCCUCUUUACUACAAAGCCCUACAGCGCACCACAAACGAGAGUCAACAAAGGGGGCCGUCCUCCAAAAAAUCCCCCAACCAGCACCUCUCGACCUGCCCAAUCAGAAUCCCUUCUUACUGGCAAGCCUUACGGCGCACCAGAAACGAAGGUCGACAAACACGGACGUCCUCCGAAAACAGCCCCCACCAAAACUCCUCUUGCCCUUUGGUCUCAUCUGGAGGGCGAUGUGCCCCCGUACUCUGUCGGUCCCUGCAACUUCGUAUGCAAGGAAUGCGGUGCUCUUCACUGGGCAGGCGAACGUCCAGCCUGUAAGAGGUGGUGUUCCUCUUCACUGGCGGCGGCGACGGGAGGGGAGAACGGCGGUAGUCUCGGCUAUGGACUAGCAGGACGGAAGAACGGCGGGGAACAGCGAGGGCUUGAGCGGGGGCGGUGUAACCUGAAGUGA